AAGAUUUUGGUCACCAUGUUGGAUCAACUGUCCAUCUCAGUUGCUGUGCGACCAAUAAUUUAAAUAUGCCUGCGGCACCGGAGGGUCGUGGACCCUAAGUGUACAGUUUCACUCGGGUGGCUUCCUCUUCCUCAGCAGGGCCCACCUACAUGAACGGAAGAGCGACUGUUUGGAAGAGGAGACACGGACACCUAGCUAGCUCCGCGCUGUCAGGUUGAAUCCUGUAUUAUUUUUUCUUUUUUGUUGCUCCUGGCAGCAGUAUAGUUUGUCCCGCAUUCAAAGGAUUGAAGUUUUCCUCACAUUUAUAUUUAUUCUCAGUGGAUGUGUGCUUACGAUCACAGAGAACAGAGGGUCGUGUGCUAAACACAAGGCUGUCGAUGGGGGAAUUAAGUAGCCUACCAGCCGUCUGUGAGGAUUUCGCUUCUCAUGUUUUGAGUCAUGGUCGAAGCUUCGUCACUCUGUCAGAAUGAUGGGGGUUUCUCUGCAGGCGUGCGGCUCAGUGGAUCGCUGUAGUAAUAUGUGAGUGCGGUGGACGGCCGAGGCCUGGGCCUGCCUGCCUGCCUGCCUGCCUGUCUGUCUGCCUGCCUGCACUGUUGUUUUGUGGUGUGGGCUGGGAUACACCGCCUGUACCGGAUCAGCAGCGUUAAUUACGGCUCGGAGAUUACCCCUGUUUACGGAGUAGCUGUCUGGCCUGCUUACAUCUGAAGGAGGAUUCAGGUGGGAAUAAUAGAUGCGAUUUCCAAGUCGUGUGGAACCCCAGAGGUGGGAAGAGCAACGGUGCUGGACCAGGGCGUGUGGCAAACUUACACACUUUUCAAAGAUGAAUGCUCAGCUUUCCAUGUGACAUGCUGUAGAUCACACUGUUCUGUCAAGUCGGGGAAACUGAAUUUCAUCAGGAGGGAGGGGGGCGCCAUCUCUGUCAUGAGAGACAUCUAGGGUGCUGACUUUUUUAUUCAUUCAGGGGGGAGCGGGUUACUUUUUUUGUUGUUGAAAGAAUGGUUAUGGUUUGUCAUUGUAACAGUGGCACUCUUUAAGGGCUGUACAGACUGUAGACCUGGGCAAUCAUUGCUGUACAUGCUCAUAAUAUGCUUCCCGUCAUUAGCCUCAGGCUACAGCAGUUUAAUUGUGUACAAGCAAGACACAUAAUUUAGAGUAAGUGGGUUAGAGUCGCGAUGACAAAGGGGCACAUCAGAAUGGUUUCUCUCUCGACAUAUUCAAAAUAGCUGGUGUUGGAUCAUUAAAACCCCAAUCUGUUUUCUGUAUGUUUUAUUAAGUUUCUUUAGCCAUAGCCAGUGUUGCGGUCUGGUAGCCAUUAUCAUCAGUUUCAAAGGUUCUGAAAGCAGGCAUUUCAGCAUUGUUGAAUGGCUCUGUGUGACACAGCUGCUUCAAAUGUUACAAAAAUGAUGGCCGCUUACAACGGUGGCUCCUCAGCAGUGGCUGCCCAUCAUCCGCAUCACCACCACCAGCUCCAGCACCUUCCGCCUCCCCACAUGCACCACCACCACCACCACGCGGGCCAGCAUCACUUGCAGCACCCAGGCUCCGCCGCCGCUGUGCACACGGUCCAGCAACACACCUCCACAGCUGCCGCUGCGGCGGUGAUGCUGAACCCCGGCCAGCAGCAACCAUACUUCCCCUCUCCUGCCCCUGCACAAGCUCCUGGGCCGGCGGCAGCGGCGGCUCCCGCCCAGGUUCAAGCCGCCGCUGUCAAAGCUCACCACCAUCAUCACCACCAUCAGCAGCAACACACGCACCACCUCCAACAGCAGCUGGAUAUAGAGCCUGACAGGCCCAUUGGCUAUGGAGCGUUUGGGGUUGUCUGGUCAGUGACAGACCCCAGGGAUGGAAAGCGCGUUGCUCUGAAAAAGAUGCCCAAUGUCUUCCAAAACCUUGUUUCUUGCAAGAGGGUAUUUCGGGAGCUGAAGAUGCUAUGCUUCUUCAAACAUGAAAAUGUGCUGUCUGCUCUGGACAUACUACAACCUCCACACAUUGACUACUUUGAAGAAAUCUAUGUGGUGACUGAACUGAUGCAAAGUGACCUCCAUAAGAUCAUCGUAUCACCACAGCCUCUGAGCUCAGACCACGCCAAAGUUUUUCUUUAUCAGAUUUUAAGAGGACUUAAAUACCUUCACUCUGCUGGAAUUCUACACCGAGACAUCAAACCCGGCAACCUCCUGGUCAACAGCAACUGUGUGCUUAAGAUCUGUGAUUUUGGCCUGGCCCGUGUAGAGGAGUCAGAUGAGUCACGGCACAUGACUCAGGAAGUGGUGACACAGUACUAUCGAGCGCCAGAAAUCCUCAUGGGUAGUCGCCAUUAUUCCAACUCCAUUGAUAUCUGGUCUGUGGGUUGCAUCUUUGCUGAGCUGCUGGGGCGACGCAUCCUCUUCCAAGCCCAAAGUCCCAUUCAGCAGCUGGAUUUAAUCACAGACCUGUUGGGGACUCCUUCGAUGGAGGCAAUGAGGACAGCAUGUGAAGGUGCUCGUGCACACAUUCUUAGAGGACCUCACAAACAGCCAUCUCUUCCUGUUCUGUACACACUGUCUAGCCAAGCAACCCAUGAAGCAGUGCAUCUUCUCUGCAGGAUGCUAGUGUUUGAUCCGUCAAAGAGGAUUUCAGCAAAGGAUGCCCUGGCUCACCCUUACCUGGAUGAAGGUCGACUCCGGUACCACACAUGCAUGUGCAAAUGCUGCUUCACCACAUCUUCUGGCCGUGUUUACACCAGCGACUUUGAGCCCAUCACUAACCCCAAAUUCGAUGAUGGCUUUGAAAAGAAUCUCAGCUCUGUGAGACAAGUCAAAGAGAUCAUCCAUCAGUUCAUUUUGGAACAGCAAAAGGGGAGUCGAGUACCACUCUGCAUUAACCCUCAAUCAGCUGCUUUUAAAAGUUUCAUCAGUUCCACAGUGGCUCAGCCCUCUGAAAUGCCUCCAUCUCCGCUGGUGUGGGAAUAGCUGCUGCUGCUGUGUUUGUCAUCAUCUUUCCCAACUGACAAGCUGCUAAACUGGGAACAAGAAACGUCUCAACAUCUUCUUUCAUCUGCGUAGCAUUUCACUGGAGAGCAGGACUCACAGGUCUGCUGUGUUUAUGCUGAAAUAUGGAACAAAUGAAGAGAGAUCUACUGAUAUUUGCUUUAUCGGAAGUAUUCGAGGGUUUGGUAUGCAAAAGAGUGAGACACUCUUUGGUCUGUAGACCAAAUGUGAAUGUUUUAAACAAACCCAUCUGAUUACUUACAGGUAGAUAAGAUUUAACAAAUAUACAAUGAAGUAUGUUUGUUUUGCUUUAUACAUUGGUACAUAUUCUUAAAUGAAUAUGUGUAUUCCAAUCACAAACUGAUCGAUUCCCCAUACAAUUAUACUCUCUUAUGUAAUUUUACCCACAUUCACCUCCACAGUGGUUAAUUAAUUAACCUUGCUUCUUAUUCAGACAAUCUUUUAUAACUGAGUUGGUAUUCCUCAUGUUUAUUAAGAAUAUGACUUUUGGCACAUUAAUAUUUUAAUGCUUUGAAAAGAAGUUGUUAGAAAUUAGUUGUUUAUCCACCUGUGCCCCUACCCCCACCCCCUCCACAUUUGGUUUUUACUCAUCUAACACUUAAUUUGCCAAAGAUCAGGGGCCUCAUGUAUAAAUGAUGCAUAAAUAUUAAGAUUGUGUGCAGAUUCGAAAGGUUUGGGAUUAAUGACAUACUUCUUUUUCUUUUUUAUAGUUACUCAUUUGACACGGCAGUGCUCAUUGAUCGACAGAAACAUUUGCUCUAGCUCAUUUAGUAACAGGCUAAAGAGUAGCUGUUAUUCCUAACCAGUUCUUAAAAAACCCUAAAAUUGAAGUCAAAUUAUUUAUCAUUGGUAAAUGCUUAAUCAUGUAACAGGAUGAACAAUCAUAUCAGAUCACAUUUUGAAGCAUUGGCAUGUUUUAAACAAAUUAGUUUAUAUGAUAUUUUUUUGAAGUUAAAACUGUUUCUACCGGCUCCAAGUGACCUCACUUGAAGGCUGAGUGAACAUCGUGCUAUCACAACCUCAUGAGGCUCAGUCACACUGCAUCCAGGUUGUCUGUCUAACAGUUCAUGUGUCUAUUGCUACAACACUAGCUGUAAAAAAAUGUUGGAUGCACCCCCCUCUAAUUUUGGCGUCAAAAAGCUGAACAGUGAAACGAUCUGACAGCCACUUUGUUACUUCAGUGUUAUCAAACACUUAACACUCUAGUCGGUGUAACUUUAAAAGGAGGUAACAUACCCGUCAGCUUCUUUUACAGUUGUCUUGCUCUUUGCAGGCAAAAUUAAUUGGCACAACUUUAAACAGGAGCAACAGUAUCAAGUACAUUCAUGUCAUGCAUAAUCUUACUUAUUUUCUCUGUUUCAUAGUUUAUCAACUUUUCACAGCAUCCUUCCAUUUAGAACAAACUUUUAAUUUCAUUUCACAGCUUCAGUCAUUUUCUUCUACACUCAUUACAAGGCACUUUUGUCUGGUGUCAGGACAAAAUAUUGCAGAAGUGAACUAAAUAAAUUACAAUUAAAUUUUACAUUUCCACAUCAGACCUUUACGCUGUUCACGGUUAUUGUCAAAGACGAUGCACAAUCCAGAAAUGUAAAACAUAUAUGAAGAGUUUAUUUGCAAAAACAGAUAACUCCAUUUUAGAAAUUUUCAGAAACAAUAUUUUGUUAUUGUUUACUUGAAAUAAUAAUAAUUAUAACCUUAAUAAUUUAUUUUUUCUCUAUUUUGUCAUGCAUUUUUCUACUGAGUCAAAUCCACUCAGCUUCAGUUUGAUUGAUAUUACAGGAUGUACCAAAAAAAACUUGACACUUGAGGGUUUCGUUGCAAUUAUUAACAAAAAUUCAUCAAAAGUUUUAUUUUAUUGAGUUAACGUACAACAAUGUUUAAAGUAAUGUAAAAUCAAUCUAGUGUUCAAUAUUUCCACCCUUUGCUCUUAUCACAGCCUCUACACGACGUCAGAAGGCGAGGCAGGUUUUCUUAAUAUAGUCCGAUGUCAUUUUCUGCCACGUCCUUUUUACUGAGGCCUUCAAAGCUUGAACUGAGGCAUGUGAAGUGCUGCAGGCCUCCUUCUCAACCGUUGCCCACACACUGUAAUCCAAUGGGUUGAGAUCUGGACUCUGUGGGGGCCACAUCUCCUUCGGCCAGUAUGCUGCCAGGUUUGCUUUCAACCACGCCUGGGUCUUCUUUGAAGUGUGUGCUGGAGCUCCAUCCUGUUGAAAGACGUAGUUUCCAUCAGGGUAGUGUGCCUCUACCCAUGGCUUGACCUGGGAACUCAAAAUAUCCAGGUACGCUUCAGUGUUAACCUUUACUCCAGCUGAUAUGAACACAGGAGGCAUCUUCUGACCGUCAGAUGC